AUGGUCGCCCCCGCCAAAACCGUCAACAGUCUCGCUGCUGGUGCUCGACAUGUCUCCAAACGACUCGUGGCUUCUUAUGUGUUGGAUUGGAUUCUCAUCCUAGCCACUGCAGCCCUGGGAGGUGGAUUGAGUUACGUUGACGGCGCACGACACAACUUCUCGUUACAAGACCCUAAUAUUUCCUUUCCUUAUCACGAAGAUACCGUCACCGUGGGAGUCUUGUUGAUUGUCGUCAUUGUCGCACCCGGUGUCAUCACCGCGAUCAUCUCAUUACUUCUUGUUCCCGGCCCGACUGCACAUCCCUCGACUCCGAAGGCGCUGAUCUGGCGACGAAAGAUCUGGGAAUGGAACACAGCAUGGAUGGGUUUGGGGCUCUCCCUCGCAAGCGCUUUCAUGAUCACUGAAGGCUUGAAAAACGUCUCGGGCAAACCAAGGCCGUUCAUGUUGGCCGUCUGUGACCCGGAUCUGAGCGAGGAAUCCCUCAGCAGAUGGCAGGUCGGUGGACUUGGAUCCUCCAUCGGUUCGGCAGUCCCCAUCAUUGUCGACUGGCAUAUUUGUCGAAGCACCGAUAAGAAGAAGAUGCGCAAUGCCUUUGCCAGUUGGCCUUCGGGCCAUUCGAGCUUCGCUUGGGCCGGUCUACUAUAUCUGACCUUCUUCAUCUGUGCAAAGUUUGCUGUUCAGAUCCCUUAUUUGUCCAAUGCAGCAUCUAGCCGGCAAUAUAUCUCGACCUUUGAUGAGGAGGAAGACGAUGACACCAAAAAUCCAACGCAGUCCUCAAGAGCCUCUUCACCAGUCGCCGCAUCUGCCCAUCAUCAACUCCCUCCUCGAAACGAGUCCGCAGCUCCUCCGAUCUAUCUUUUGAUCCUCGCAUUCAUCCCGGUCGGCGCAGCCUUCUACAUCUCCACGUCCCGCUGGUCUGAUUAUCGACAUCAUGGAUUCGACAUCAUUUCCGGGUCUUUGAUCGGCAUCUUCUCUGCAUGGUUUGGUUUCCGAUGGUAUCAUCUGCCAAUCCGUUCAGGAGCUGGAUGGGCAUGGGGUGCAAGAAGCAGAGACCGAGCUUUCUGGUUGGGUGUUGGUCGGGCGAACUAUGUCGGGGACGAAGGAUGGGAGAGUGCCAAGUUCGCGCGUCGUAGAGAUGUCGAGGCAGGUCCACAGGUCAGCGGGCCUGGCCUACCUGAUCAACAUGAAGCGACCGAGCAGAAUAUUGCGGACCAAGCAGCCGGCCCGAGUGAUCUGAAUAGGUGA